UAACCCUAAACGACGCGUUCUGUUCGUGCAUUCAAGCCCUUCUCUUCUCUGGUAAAGUAAAAGUGAAACAUGUCGGCGUCAUCUUUUAGAAUUUUAGGCUCUUAACCCUUUUUAAACCUUUUUCUUUUAAUAAAUUUUUAAAAGCAUGAUGAUGAUGAUUGAUGGUUGAUUAAUGGUGUGGCUUCCUUCAAAGAUAAGAGACUCUGUGUACCACCCUAGCCCAAUAGUCCCUGCUUCUCUUGUUUUCUCUGAGCUACUGGUCUUUCAAUUUUCUCAAGAAUUCCAUCCAUUUGAUCUUUGUUUUCUUUUCUUGUUCUUGUUCUGCAUUAAACAACAUUCUUGAAAUCUCUAGACUCGUUUCUUCUACUGUUCCCAGAAUGGAAAGAAUUCACUCGAUCACUUUCUUUCUGCUAGCGCUCCUCAUCGUGCUGCCUUCCAUCAAUCCCUUACCCAUUCCAAAAUCAAGAACACUGAACGAGAUCGCAUGCACAAUGUGCUCAUCGUGUUGCAACCCAGUGCCAUCUCCGCCUGUACCAUCUCCUCCACCGCCAUCACCAUCUCCACCACCACCAGCAUCCACCUCUAACUGCCCACCGCCACCGUCUCCUCCGAGUCCGCCGGGCUCGUACUACUACUCUCCACCUCCACCUUCCACUUAUACUUAUUCCUCUCCACCACCACCUCGCGGCGGCGGCGGCGGCGGCGGUUACUAUUACUAUCCUCCACCAAACUAUAAGAACUACCCUGCACCCCCUCCUCCUAACCCAAUUGUGCCUUACUUUCCUUUCUAUUUUUAUAACCCACCUCCUUCCAUAUCUGGGUCUGUGAAGCUGAUGGGUUCUAUUAGUUACAGUAUAGUUGUUGUGGCGAUCUUUUUACUUUCCUUGUUUUGAUAGAAAUUAUAAAGAUGGUAAAGAAAUUGAAUAAUGUGGCAGAUUGGCAGAUCUGGUAUUUUGCAGCUGAGGAGAAAGAGAGGAUGCGUCUUGCAGCUUGAUAUUUCAAGAAGAAGAAAGUAAAAGGGACAAGGAUCGAAGAAAAACGCCUUUGUUUUAUUUCACACUGAGCUUGAGGAAGAGGAGCACAGCACAGAAACCAGAAACCAUGACAAUUAUGGAAGUAAUAAUUCUAAUUCUCUCUAUCCCCACUCUUGCUGUAGAGUGAUCUGUAAUUUGUUGACAAUUUGUACGUAUCUGUGAUCUUCAUUUUCUUUACAUUAAUUAAAAAUAAGUAAUUAGUCAUUUUUGUCA